ACUGAGAAUACCACUCCGACUACGUCCUUGAGCGAAGGGAUAUGCCUUAUUCAGCUGGUCCUUGUAUUGCAGUUACUACGCUACCCGUAAGUGCCAUCUACUUCAGUUUGCCCGUCUGACGAUUCUUGGUUACUAUUCUCUCUGUUUGUGACGAGGUCCUUUGCGAGCCCGGAGACACGCAUAUCUCCGUCAAUGAACAUCUAUGGACUGGCUGGAUGUUGAGGUGUUCGGGUGGCUACUGCUUCCACGAUCCGUUCUCACCGCACCUCGUCAGAAAAUAGUCGUGGUGGUAAAACUGUAUGGUUUACAUGAUCGUGUAUUUUUCAUGGUCGACAUAGGCUUCACAGCACCCCACUUCCAGUUCUUCACUUAUACGGGAUCAUAUAUUAAGUACUGGCCAGCGAAACAUAGCUAUAUCCCAUGCGAGGCCGAAGUGAAUCUCGAUCCUGGAGACUGUCAUGAUCUCUGCACAACUGUCAUUAUUACAGUUCCGUGCAAAUCAUUGCCGUACUCAGGAGGAAAUCCUCCAACAUCGGACCUUGCAGACGCCUUAGAUCUUUGUUUCGCGUUCAUUCUUGACGUGUUCAAUCAACCAUAAAAAACACUUGCAUGAAGGAGAGGAGUAACAGCCAGUGAGU